ACAGCUGAAAACUUUGUAUUAGCCAUUUAUAAUUGUCCACUGCUGAAUCAGUGACGAGUCUAAUGUAGUACAUAUCCUCUCAACACCACAUUUGCACAGCAAAUAAACUUUUGAGAUCUCUCUCUGCAAAUAGUUUAUCACUAUUCCCAGGAAUCUCAAAUCCUUGUCAACAAAUAAUGAAAGUGCAACUGUUCUAGUCUCUUACCAUUUGGCUAAUGGCCAACCAAGAAUAUGAUCUUCCUCUCUAUGAAAAAGUUUGGCUAAAGCGCAGAUUUCAAAGAGUAAUAGACAUCUUCAUUUUACUAUUACUCCUCUUGCUUCUUAGUUACCGUCUUUUCUCACCCAACACCUUCACUUUCCCAUGGCUCCUUGCUUUCAUUUGUGAAUCAUGGUUCACCUUCACUUGGAUUGUGAUUCUCAACGCCAAGUGGAGUCCUGCACUAACCAUAACCCACCCAGAAAGGCUCUUGCAAAGGGUACCUGAACUUCCACCCAUCGAUUUGUUUGUGACAACAGCAGAUGCUAUACUUGAACCACCCAUCAUCACAGUCAACACUGUCUUAUCUUUGUUAGCUCUUGAUUAUCCUUCUAACAAGUUAGCUUGCUAUGUUUCUGAUGAUGGAUGUUCCCCUCUUACUUUCUACGCACUUGUUGAAGCCUCCAAAUUCGCUAAGCUUUGGGUACCUUUCUGUAAGAAGCACAACGUACAAGUGAGAGCACCCUUCAGAUACUUCUCUCAGGUUGCCACUGACACAAGUGAAGACUCACUUGAAUUCAAACAAGAAUGGUUACGAAUGAAGGAUAUGUAUGACAAUCUUAGCCACAAAAUUGUAGAGGUAACACGAAAAAAAAAUCCAUUUCAACUUGAUGGAGAAUUUGCAGUUUUCAGAAAUACAGAGCAAAGAAAUCAUCCAACCAUAAUCAAGGUUAUAUCGGAAAAUAUUGAUGGUCUUUUGGAUGGGUUGCCUCAUCUGAUAUACAUAUCUAGAGAGAAGAGGCCACAGUAUCCUCAUAAUUACAAAGCUGGAGCAAUGAAUGUGUUGACAAGGGUUUCCGGGUUGAUGAGCAAUGCUCCUUUUCUGUUGAAUGUAGACUGUGACAUGUUUGUGAACAAUCCAAAAAUUGCUCUACAUGCCAUGUGCAUUUUGCUGGAUUCAAAGAGUGGAAAAGAAGUUGCUUUCGUUCAAUGUUUCCAACAAUUCUACGAUGGAAUAAAAGAUGACCCUUUCGGAAAUCAGUGGGUGGCUGCAUUUGAGUACAUAAUCCGGGGCAUGGCAGGACUUCAAGGACCUUUAUAUGUGGGAACAAACACCGUUCAUAGAAGAAAAACUAUUUAUGGUCUUUAUCCUGAAGAAUUCGGAAGUGGGAUAAAAGAAAGAUUAGUAGAAAAUAUAUUAAUGCAACAAUUUGGAAGUUCAAAGGAGUUUGCCAAAUCAGCAGUUAGUGCUUUGGAAGACAGUGCACAUUCUGCUAAUGAUAUUACUCCUUCCAACUUAAUUGAGGCAGCAACCCAAGUGGCUAAUUGUGGAUAUGAACAUGGCACUUGCUGGGGUAAACAGAUGGGGUGGUUGUAUGGAUCAGUGGCAGAAGAUGUACCAACCGGAUUGAAUAUUCAAAGAAGAGGUUGGAGAUCAGAGUGUUGCACCCCUCAUCCAAUUGCCUUCACAGGAUGCACUCCUGGAGGGUUACUCUCUACAAUGAUACAACACAAGAGGUGGUUCUCUGGCCACACUGUAGUCAUCUUUGGAAAGCAUUCUCCAAUUAUGGGCAUGCUCUUUGGUAAGAUCCAAUUCAGAGCAGGCUUGUCUUAUAUUUGGCUUAACGCCAUGGGCUUGCGUGGUCCCUUCCUAGUUUCCUAUGUUGCUCUAAUUGCAUAUUGCAUCAUUACCAACACCAAUAUCUUUCCUAAGGGACCUGGCCUUUGGAUUUCGAUUGCCCUUUUUGUGAUUUACAAUGUAGAUACUCUAGUGGAGUACCUUGCAAUUGGGUUGUCAAUACGACAUUGGUGGAACAAUCAGAGAAUGUGCAUGAUUAGAACCACGACCGCAUCAUUUCUUGGAUUUUUGAGUGGUUUGCUUAAGAUAUCCGGGUUAUCUGAAACUGAUUUUGAAAUAACGGAGAAGGAACACCCAAGUUCUAGUGGUGAUGGAAAUCGUGCAGAUGCUGGAAGGUUCACGUUCGGAGAGUCCCAAGUUUUUGUGGUAGGCACUACCAUUUUGGUGGUUCAUUUGAUAGCCAUGUUGAUCAGGUUUUGGGGGUUGUAUCAACCUUUAUCUCAUAAUACGAAUGGCUGUGGACUAGGGGAGUUCAUGGCUAGUACGUAUGUGGUGCUGUGUUACUGGCCAUAUUUUAAAGGGUUGUUUGCCAAAGGUAAAUACGGGAUUCCCAUAUCCAUCAUCUUCAAGUCACUGUUUUUGGCUUUUGUCUUCGUGUACUUUUGUACUAGUAACAAUUGAUGACUUGAAUUUUCUUCACACAAUCUCAUGUUCUCAUAUUUCUUUGUAAUCUGCGUGACUGUGUGACCACACUUGUUAUGGAAAAAAAAGUAUUCAUUAAUGAAUGGAAGGUGCUGAAAUUAGUUUGGAGAAUAAUAACAUCACUUUCUGCGGCU